AUGUCUUCUGAGAGAUGUGGAGAGCAGAUGAGCCAGCGCAUGUCUUUGAAGUUUCUGCUCGAGCGGAGCGUUGAGUCAGCGUUGCUUCUGGAUUCGUAUCAGCAGUGGCAACUUAGAACCGAUGCAGCGAAAACUUCGAAGAGCAUGUUCUAUAAAGGGGCCGCCGUCAUGCAAUUGAGCACCUUUCCGGACCAGGCUGAGGCAAAGCCUGAGGCAAAGCCCGAAGCAAAGUUUGCGCAGGCUUCCCUUUCCAGGCCGGCGCCCUUUCAGGUGACCACGUCCGAUGGCACCCAGGCCAAGGAGGCGCCCAAGGAGGCGCCCAAGUCCACGCAGGCGCCCGCUCCGAGUAGCGCACCCGAGGUCGCCGUUUGCGAAGGACCCAAGCAGGAGGUGACCAAACCUGUGCCGCCUGUGCCGCAGCCACCAGCCCCGGCCCCUAAGGCAGCAGCCGCCUCCACUCAGGCCCAAAAGACUGAGAGACGCCGAGCGCCAGAUGGAAAGGCAUACACCUACAAUGAGUUUCUCAAGUUCUUCGGCAAGAAGCAGGGGGAGACACAGUGGAAAAAUGCUCGCAAAGCGUAG